GUCUCUAUUUUCUUUUUUCUGAAUUUUUAUCUGCUGUUUUUCCUUUUCUUUUCAAUCCCAACUGUAGUGAUGAUAUGACAUUAUUCGUGUUGAAAAUAAUCAUAAAUUGUGAUAAAUUUGAUCACUUUUGUUAGAAUUUCGUUCUCAGAAUUUUGCUUUAACAGCUUUAAUUUGUAGCACUAUGCAUCAAUAGUUACCCUCUUUUCCACCAGAAUUCGUCCAAUGGUUUAAAAGAAAAAGGAAUAAAAGAAAAAUGUUUUGAAUGCCUCAGCAAUGAAUUGGUUAGCAAUGAUGCCUCAAAAAAAAAGUAUUACUGAUGAAUCUAGAAAAUGUAAUUGGCGAUAUUAGAAAGAGUAGUUGAUUAUGUUUCCAAAUAAAUUUUCAAUCCAAAUGCGCUUGUAGUUAUUUUUGUAAGGGAGAGCAACUAAUCUUGUUGAGCUGCUUUUAAUUAGUAAGUAGUAACUCACCGGGAACAACUAUAAUUCGUCCAUUGUCAUGAUCAAAUUUAUGUGCAUCAGCUUUUGAGAUAGUUAGUUCUCACCCCUGAUAGAGCCCUAGGAUGGUUUUGCCUUGAAUAGCUUAUAUUCGAGGUGGAUAGAUUCAAGGGAUCUGGUACCUGAUUUUCUUUGAUUUUCGUAUGUCUGUAUCCACAUCUGUCAAAAACUUUUGACGGGUUAUAUUACGCUUUUUGCAGUCUGGCAAUUUGUCUUGCAUUUCCUCUUAUCAGUUUGCUUUCAUGUUGGUUUUGUCAUUUUCUUUCAGACAUAUAAUUCUUUUCUUGUUAUUUACUCCUAUUUUCUGAUUUUUGCAUUUUAUCUUGCAUUUUUACUUUGCUGCUGAGUUUGGUAUUUUCAUUAUAGUGGUUGUUUCUUUGCUCGAUGAUAUAAUUCUGGGAUUUUCUUCUAAAUACUGACUUUUUAGAUGCGUACACUUUGAAGACUUUUUAGACUUUUCUGACAUUGUAGUGUUUUGCUCUGGUAGUGGCUGCGCAGAUAUUUGUCUUUUACAGCUAGAAUUGUCAUUCUAGGUGAAGGUCGUUGUUGAAUCAGCAGCGCAUACUUUGAACUGCUAUCGCAUGUUUCACUUUAGGUUUGUCUUGGAUUGACAAGCAAAUUUUUUGUCAAGAGCAUGAUACAGAUCGUCUUAGCUAUUCAAUCAGUUGUCCCCCCUACAGUUUGCCCUCAUUUGUUUUCCCAACUUCUUCUCUUCUGCAGUAUGCUUACAAAUUUUGAUAUGCUUGUUAAGGAGAUGUCAAAUUGUAUGUGGUAUUAAAUAUAUUGUUUUGAAGUGCACUAAUGACCAUUAGAUCGAGAAAAGAAAUAUGUUGGCUAGUUUGGUCAUCUGUGCUAUCAAAUUGGGCAUAACAACACAUAAUUUGUUCCCAUGCCAAAAUGCCAGGUGACAUAUUCAGUGGUUUUCAUACAGAUGUGAGCAGAAGUAGAUUGGCCCAGAAAAUGGAUGUAAUUGCUUUUCCCGUGUGUUCUGCAGCAGUAAUUAGGGCUGUACCAUUCAAAAAGUCUCUGGUACCAACUCCAAACUCUUCUACCAAUGUGCACCAUCAAAAAGUGGUCCAUUAUUCGGCAACUGUAGGGCUGUCUCCUAGAAGGGAUGCUGAAACUGAACUGGAAGACAAGAAGUAUGAAUUGCUUGGAGUCAUCCGGGACACUCAACGCGGACUUGUGACAACUGCCGACCAGCGCUCUGUAAUUGAGGAAGCUCUAGUGAGCGUGGAAGCUUUUGAUGCAGGUGAAGCCAUUGACUUGGGUGAGUUGGAUGGGACAUGGCGUCUGCAAUACACAUCUGCUCCUGAUGUCCUCAUUCUUUUUGAGUCAGCUGCAAGGCUUCCCUUCUUUCAGGUCGGCCAGAUUUUUCAAAAAUUUGAAUGCCGGGAUGAAUCCAAUGGAGGAGUAGUACGUAAUAUUGUGAAGUGGAGUAUUCCAAGUUUGUUGGAGGAGCAAGAAGGUGCAACUUUGCUUGUCUCUGCCAAAUUCUCUGUUGUUUCGUCGCGCAACAUUUAUCUUCAGUUUGAAGAGAUAGCUCUUAACAACAUAAAUAUUAGUGAAGAAUUGCAAGCUCUGAUAGCUCCAGCAAUACUACCGAGGUCAUUUAUUAGCUUCCAGAUCUUACAGUUCAUCCGAGCUUUCAAAGCUGAAUUUCCUGUGAGAAACCCAGGAAGGACUUCUGUGGGAGGUCUGUAUUACCUAUCGUAUCUGGACAAGAAUAUGCUUUUAGGUCGUGCUGUUGGAGGUGGGGGGGUUUUUGUAUUCACUAGAGCUCAAGCAAUUGUAUUAUAAGAAGUUGAAAUCACGAGUUAAGUGGUUGUAUUUUGUCCAUCCUUUUUGUAUUGUUCUCGUCGAUUUUGUGAGUUACUUCACCUUUUUUUUUAAAAAAAAAAAAAAAAAAACUGACAAACUCUAUAGACGAGGGAGGAAUUUGGGGGAUCUUUAGUUGAAAUUCUCCUUACAGAACGGUUUUGUUUGAA